UCAUGUAGAGGAAACAGGUGAUUGCGAGGAAGUUUUCCCAGAAUUCCUGGAGUUUCUCUAUACCUGAAAGGUAAAACUGAACGAGGAAAACGCCAUUCUACAAAAUCAGUCACAAAUAUUGAAAAUUAUCAGCAGGAAUAAUGGACUCACAGAUUGAACAUAGCAAGGAAGUUGGGUCAGAAGAUUUUCCAGAUAUGGAGGCAGUGAUUGAGAAGUUGAAGAACGUGAAUGAGAAAAUGGAUUUAGUACAAAAAGAAAAUAUGUUCAUCACUAAGAGACUAAAUACAGAGGAAGAAUGGAGUAAAGUAUCCGAAAGCGACGAUAAUAAACUAGACAAGCUCUUAGCUCAGGUAGUAGAACUGUCUGAAACAGAUUCCAGACAGAACAAAGAAAUAUCGGAGUUAAUCACAGCAAUUCUGACAACAAAUGAAAACAUCUCCAAACUGAAUCAGUCUAUUGGUCAACUCAGAGAUGUCAAUACGAUGGAAGCUUCAGGGACUUCUGAUGUUCUUCAACAUACCACUGAAGAUGAUGAUCAAAAAGAAGAUAUGGAUGACAAUGUGCAGAGCAGAACUGAUGUUGAUUUAAAUCAGUCUGAUUAUUUUAGUGAGGAAAUACCUGAAGAACAACCAAGAACAUUAUCUGAAAGUAGAGAUGAGUCAUCAAACAAUUCUUUCGUGGAAGUAGCAGAAGAUAAAACCGAUGAAGAAUUGAAUACAAGUGAGAAUACAAGUGAAGAAAAAACUGAUGAUCCUGACGUCAGUGGAAGCAUUGGCGAGGAAGAUGAUUCUAUUGAGGGAACGAAAUCUGAACAUUCCUCAGUGGAAGACCACAGUUCCGAACCUAAAGGACACAUCGUGUUGGGAAGUCAUGUUGAGGGUAAUUCCGUCUCUCUUGAACCUGAAAACUCUGUGUCUGAAUCAGUGAAGCGUUCUAUGGACAUUAAUAGCAAGGAAUCCGAACAACAAAGUCAAGAAAAAAGUAGUUCAUUUCAAAGUGUAAGAGCAAUGGAGGAGAUACUGACUGGAGUGGAGAGUAGUAGGAAACUGAGAAGGAGGCGAACUCAGCGUGACUUUGACAACAGGCUUGUUGUUAUGACUGAGGAAUCGAAAAAUAUUGAACAAAAGUUAGGCACGACGACAAAGGAUUUGCAUAAUGAAGAAAAGAAAACAGACAAUAAGACUGAGUUUCCUAGUCAGGAAGAUAAAAAGUUUGCAUUGGUAAAGACCAGACGAGUUCCUACAGACCACUGGCUGGAAGAGGCACACAUAGCGGGACAGAAACAUAAGGAUUUAUUGUUUCAACAUGGAAGUGGAUUUGACACUAUAUUCAUUCUGGAUACAUCUGCCAGCAUGGAGGGUGAUGGCAUUAAACAACUCAAAGGAACAGUUACUGACAUUCUUAAUGAAUACGAAAGAUUUUCUUCAUUGGAUCAAAAUGUUGCUGUUAUCACAUUUGGAAAAGAAAAUAAAUUCCUUUGCUAUUAUUCCAGCCGAUACUAUGAGAUAAAACAGUCUGUUGAAAAAUUAACAUGCAAUGGUCCGUCACCAAUAGGUGCAGGUCUUUUACUAUCGAAAGGUGCACUCAUUGGAGUAAGCCGUGUGGGGAAAUGGAACAUCAGACCAAAUAUAAUUCUUAUUUCGGAUGGCAGGACGACAGAUAUUCAUUAUCCCGAAGGCCCUGAGGACCCGGAUGUAUAUGAUAACGGGAGGACACUUGCAGAAUUAGGGAAUAUUGUCGAUCAUCUGGCAAAUUUAGAGGUUCCAAUUAAAUGUGUUCCGGUCGGUGAUCCAGACAUGUCGGUCCUUGAAAUGAUAUCUGGUCUUUCCUUUGGUGGAAAAAUCGUCCAUUUGCAUGAAACUAGACGGCUUGGGAGGUUACCACGCAACGUUAGAAUUGCUGCAGAGUUGCAUGCUAUCUUAAGAAAACCCACAGAGAUGGACAAACCAACAUUUGAAGCUUUGUUACCUAGUAUGGUGACGGCGACAGAACUAACUCAAGACGAUACGGAUGACAUAUAUGAAAUGGUUACUGGAUCGCCAGAAGAAUUUCAGCCAGUAGUUGACAAAGAGGAAAAAGAAAAAGACGAAGAAUGCCAAGAGAGGGACCCUAACAUGCCUCACCUUGGCACCCGAGUAAGGCGUGGUCCGGACUGGAAAUGGGAUGACCAGGAUAGUCAUCACCCAGGGACCGUGACAGGACACCCAAAACACACUGGUUGGAUUUCUGUGGAAUGGGAUACAGGGAAGGGAUAUAAAUACAGAUAUGGUGCAGAGGGAUGCUAUGAUGUCGUAGUAUGUGAUGAUCCUCGAGUAUUGAAUGAUGAGCUGAUAGCGGUCGGAUGCUUGGUUUCUAGAGGAAUGGACUGGGAAUGGGGGGACCAAGAUGGAGGGGCAGGCAGUAUAGGAGCUGUUUAUCGUGUCAAUGACAGUGCAAUUAUCCACGUGCGUUGGCCCAAUGGUAGCAAGAGUAAUUAUCGUUUUGGAUACGAUGGAAAGUUUGAUGUUCAACUUUGUGAUCCAUUCUCUUCGGAAGUGAAAGAAGCUUUAAAACGUCAGAAUCUGAUGUCUUCUGCUAGUAGUCAACUAAGGAACCCGCCUUCUCCGUCCAAAGCAACGUCAAAUAUCGAUCUAAAUAAAGGUAAAGAUCCAGAAAAACAACAUGUAGCUGAGGAAGAAAAGAUGUCUCCUGAAGACUUAAAACAAGCUGGUGCCUCUCUGAACAUUAUGGAUAUGGCACCCCCUGCAAAACACUCUGUUUGGUCGGAUUUUGAUUUUCCUGCUGAUAUCUCAAAUAGCCUUUCAAACAGGAGAAACAGACGAAAACCUUCAGCCAAGGUUACAGCUACAACAGUCAGAAAUCCAAUCAAUACAGGGGGAAAAGAAAAGACAAAUGAUAGACAGGAAACAGAUUUGAAAGAUAGAUUAUUUGGAAGCACUGGUGCUUCAAAGGAUGUUUCAAGUCCAGAGGUUUCAAAUCCAGGUCUAUCAUCAAGAGUCGCCUCGCAAAAACGCGAAAACGAAGAAAGUGCACAGGCAGAUCCAAAGGUUAAACCUGUAGACAGUGUUAAUAAUGCAACGAAAAAGUCAUUUGCAAACAACCAAGUUUCUGUAAUGAAUCAAACGCCUUUAGAAAACGAGAAAGACAUCAAUGAGGGCGACAUUUUAUCAAAAAGUGAAGUAACUGAGUCUAACAAUAAAAAUAAAGACAGCUCAGUUUCCACUUCAAAACGUUUGGAAGACUACCAUACAGAUUAUAAGCAGAAGACAAAUAGGUAUUCAAGCGUUCAAGGUUCAGUCUCCGCAACAACGUGUUGGGAGUGGAAGGAUUCAUCUGGACAGUGGAAACUUUAUCCUGAGGAUGUACAAGAUAAAUUGAGGAAAAACUUUAUGAAAAACCCGAAAUCAACAGUGCUUAUAUCUUUAGAAAAUUCAUGUUUCAGAGUUGUGCUAUCUAAGAGCAAACAUAUCAACACAGGAACUAAGGAAACAUCAGAAAUCAGGAUAUUUGAUCCUGAUCAAGUAAAAUGACAGAGAGAACCCAAAUAAAUUUGUCACAAUAAGAAAAAAGAUAGUGAAUUUUCUCCUUCCAAUUGUUUCAAAAUAAAGUGAUUAUUUAUUUUAACCCUUACAAGUGCCAUUAACAGAUUAAGCGUAGAUAUUAAUUAUGUAUUUUCUUGUUUCAUUCUUUUUAUAUUAUUGACCAGAGCCUGAUAGAUCGAUUGCAUAAUUCGUGUGAACUUACGAACACUUGUCUAGUAUCGUUGUCAUUCCAUGUCACAUUUGUAAUUUAUUUAUUUAUCAGAUUGCACUAUGUGCCAUCGUUAAGAUGUACAAUAAAUAUGAUAUCUUUG